AUGGGGGACAUGUCGAAUAGCGAUUUUUAUGCGAAAAACCAAAUAAACGAGAGCGGCCAUGCUGCGGACUUCGGCAUCUCGCUCAUGGAGCUCCGGGCCCUCAUGGAGCUGCGCGGCUCGGAGGCGGUGGUCAAGAUCCAGGACGACUACGCGGGAGUGGAGGGGCUGUGCAAGCGCCUCAAAACCUCUCCCACAGAAGGCCUCGCGGGCGCAGCGCCGGACCUGGACAAGAGAAAAGAAGUCUAUGGGGAAAACCUGAUACCUCCAAAAAAGCCAAAGACCUUCCUGCAGCUGGUGUGGGAAGCUCUGCAGGACGUGACCCUCAUCAUCCUGGAGCUGGCAGCCCUCAUCUCUCUGGGUCUGUCCUUCUACCACCCCCCAGGGGAGAGCAGCGGCGAGGCCUGUGGCACGGCUGCAGCAGGAGCGGAGGACGAGGGUGAGGCGGAGGCGGGAUGGAUAGAAGGCGCCGCAAUCUUGCUGUCGGUGGUGUGUGUGGUGCUGGUCACGGCCUUCAACGAUUGGUCGAAGGAGAAGCAGUUCCGCGGGCUGCAGAGUCGCAUCGAGCAGGAGCAAAAGUUCCAGGUGGUGCGAGGGGGACAGGUCAUCCAGCUGCCGGUCGCCGACAUCGUGGUGGGGGACAUUGCUCAGAUCAAAUAUGGUGACCUGCUUCCCACGGACGGGAUUUUAAUUCAGGGCAACGACCUAAAGAUCGAUGAGUCAUCUCUGACCGGAGAAUCUGACCACGUCAAGAAAGCGGCGGACAAGGACCCGAUGCUGCUGUCAGGCACUCAUGUGAUGGAAGGCUCCGGACGCAUGGUGGUCACUGCUGUGGGGGUGAACUCUCAGACCGGGAUCAUCUUCACUCUGCUGGGGGCCGGAGUGGAGGAGGAGGAGAAGAAGGAGGAGAAGAAAGGUGGGGCAGUGGAGGACGGACACCAGAACACAGACUGCACCCACCCUCCCCUCCACCCCAUCGCCACCAUAGCCACGGAUGGGGCUGCGGGCAUUACUGCUCCGAGCGCCAGCCUCAUUAAUGGUAAAAUGCAAGAUGGCAAUAUGGAGAGCAACCAGAUGAAAGUGAAGAAGCAGGACGGAGCGGCGGCUAUGGAGAUGCAGCCGCUGAAGAGUGCAGAGGGCGGCGAGGAGGAGAAGGAACGCAAGAAAGUGUCUGCUCCCAAAAAGGAGAAGUCAGUGCUGCAGGGAAAGCUCACCAAGCUGGCCGUGCAGAUUGGGAAAGCAGGUUUGCUCAUGUCGGCCAUCACAGUCAUCAUCCUGGUCUUGUACUUUUGCAUCGAUAACUUCGUGAUGCAGAAACGCCCCUGGAUGACCGAGUGCACUCCCAUUUACAUCCAGUACUUCGUCAAGUUCUUCAUCAUCGGUGUCACGGUCCUGGUGGUGGCGGUGCCAGAGGGCCUCCCGCUGGCCGUCACCAUCUCUCUGGCCUACUCUGUCAAAAAAAUGAUGAAAGACAACAACCUUGUGCGUCACCUGGAUGCGUGUGAGACCAUGGGGAACGCCACGGCCAUCUGCUCGGACAAGACGGGAACGCUCACCACCAACCGGAUGACGGCCGUGCAGCUCUAUGUGGGAGACAUGCACUACAAGGACAUUCCGGAGCCUGGAACCCUGUCCCCCAAGUCUCUGGAGCUGCUGGUCAACUCCAUCUCCCUCAACAGCGCCUACACCACCAAGAUCCUGUCGGCCGCGGUCUGCAUAUCAGAUAAGGAGGAAUCACACGGCCGUUCUCAAGGUGGCGACUUGAUGAUGAAUGGGAAGAAGCACCGAAGACGCCGGAGCGGGAGAGGGGACUGUGUCACUGUCUCAAAGCUCAUCCCCUCAGAGCGGCUUCAGCUGCUGUGA